UCUUCUCCAGUCAAAGAAAAAGCUUUGUGCGCAGCAAAAAUAACAGAAAACACACAGAGAGAGAAGAGAGAGAAACUAGAGAGAACAAUGUCAAGGUUUCUUGGUUCUACGUUAAUGGCGGUUUCGAGUUUCUGUUGAUUUCUCUUCUACCUCAAGAAACUUCAAAUCUCCCGCCUCUAUCUACUCCGUUUCGUUCUCUAUCUCUUCUUCUUCUUCCUCCAAGAACCCUAAAUUUCGCUCCCUCCGACCACCGUACUGACUUUACCGGAUCGAUUUGGGUAUCUACGGUGGUGAUAGUUAGCUAUGGCCACUCCGAGAAACACCAAUUCAAUGCAGAGAGUGAAGGUUUAUCGUUUGAAUGAAGAUGGUCAAUGGGAUGAUCAAGGAACUGGACACGUUACUAUGGAUUAUAUGGAGCGAUCGGGAGAUUUCGGUCUUUAUGUAAUUGAUGAAGAUGAUAAUUCGACAUUGCUUGUACACAACAUCAGCUCUGAGAAUAUCUACAAGCAGCAAGAAGACUCAAUUAUCUCAUGGAGUGAACCAAAACACUCAGCACAAUUGGCUUUGAGCUUUCAAGAGACUGCGGGAUGCACGUUCGUAUGGAAUCAAAUAUCCAGUAUGCAACGAAUCCUACAUUUCGAUUCUCUGCACAGCGAAGCGUUUCACAAUGUGAUUAGUGAGUUGAAGGAGCUUCCUGAUGUCAACCGUUCUAAUCUUCCCCUACUACUCAAGGUUGUUACUGAAAAUUGCAUCACAGAUCAGAUGCGACUAACCGAACUUAUUCUGAAGGAUGCUACUUUCUUUCAGAAAUUGAUGGAUGUAUUUGAUUCAUGUGAUAACGUGAAAGAUGUUGCUGACCUUCACAUGAUAUUCAAAAUUGUCAAAGGAAUCAUUUCGCUCAACAGUUCUCAGAUCCUGGAGAUUAUUGUAGGGGAUCAACUGUUCAUGAAAAUUAUCGGGUGCCUUGAGUAUGAUCCCGAUGUUCCCCAGUCUCAACAUCAACAGACUAUGCUGAGGGAGCAUGCUGUUUUUAAGGAGGCUAUACCAAUUAAGAAUGCCCUGGUUCUGUCGAAGAUACACCAAACAUACAGACUUGGUUUUCUGAAGGAUGUUUUGACGAAUGUAGUAGAUGCUGCUACAACCACAAACCUAGAUUCAGUAAUCGAUGCAAACAAUGCUACUAUUGUUACACUGCUGAAGGAUGACAUCCAAGAGUUAUUUGCACGGUUACGGUCACCUUCUACAUCUGACGAAUCAAGGAAUAAUUUGGUGCACUUCUUGCACGAAUUUUGUAGUUUAUGCAAGAGCACGAAGAAGGUAUCGGUCUUGAGGGAACUUAUCAGUGACGGUCUUUUUGACAUCAUUGCAGUAAUCUUGAAGAGUCCAGAUAAGAAACUCAUAUUAAUGGGGGCCGAAAUUCUUAGUAUUGUGUUGGCUCAAGAUUCUCUUAUGCUCUUAUGCUCUUAUGUUGUUCGACCGGAAACUCCCCUCCUUGGUCUCUUGGUUAAGAGAAUGAUGGAAGAUUUUGGUGAUAAGAUGGAAUCGCUGUUUGUGGACAUUAUUCAAAAUGUAUUGGAAUUUCGUGGAGCUCAAAAUGUACAAUUCUCUGAUAAGCAGAAGAAGAUGCAAGGGAUGAUUUUGGAUACUUUCUGUGAGAAGCAUCUACCUGAAUUAGUUGAUUUAAUAAUGGCCUCAUGUCCUGAAAGACCUGGCGAUACAUCUGAAGGUGCAUUCGUAAGAGUUGGCAGCAAUCGUGGGGCAAAGCCGGAAGUCCUAUUGCACAUUUGUCAAUUGCUGUGCUCUUGCGUUCAACUGGAUCCAUUCAGGACAAAUUUUCUCCAUAACAAUUUGACAGAAAAGGUUUUGCUUCUUACACGAAGAAAGGAAAAACCCCUAGUGGCUGCGGCUGUUCGAUUUGUCCGCACUCUCCUCUCUGUUCAUGAUGAUAAUGUCCAGAGUUACAUUGUUGAGAGCAACACGCUGAAACCGAUUAUAGAUGUUUUUGUUGCUGAUGGUCACCAGGACAACCUCCUGACUUCUGCUGUCUUGGAGCUUCUUGAGCACAUACGCAAGAAAAAUGCAGUGUUGGUCAAAUACGUAGUUGAUACAUUUUGGGACCAGUUAGCUCCAUUUGAGCACCUGCCUUCCCUCCAGGAUUUCAAAACAAAAUAUGAGAAGUGCUUAGAAAGGAAGGGACCAAAGAGCACCACUGAUGAUCAAUCUGAUAUGAGACAAGAUGGGCGUGCUCUGGAUGAAGAAAAGUCACCUUCUGCUUCCUGUCAACAGAUGGAAGAAGCUGAGCCCCAUAAUUCCGAUGUCGCAGCUGCAAGUUCUACUCCUAGUACACAGAUGGAAGAAGAUGAGCCCUAUAAUCCCGAUGUCCCAGCUGCAAGUUCUGCUUCUCCGAGCAAGAGGUCUGGAGGUUUGGUUGAUUAUGAGGAUGACGAAGAUGAGCAAGAGAAGCGUAAAAGACAGAAGCUCAGUUCAACAAGUGAAGGAAACAAGAACUCCCCAGAACAAGGUGGCGAAGCUAAGGAACCUGGAGAACUCUAAGGAACUAAUGACCAUAUAUAGCAGUAGUUUUAGAUGGAAAAAAUACAGCAAGCAGAUGUAAAGAGAUGUCGAGAUAAACAUUCUCGACCAAUUGAUAGGAUUUUUGAGGAAAUAUGAAAACCACAAAAGGAAGAAACUGUGUAUAGUCACAAUAGAGGUAUAAAUGAGUAUGCAAUUGCAUUUUGUAAGGGAAACUCUUUGUGAAAAUGAAAUUACUAUUUCUUAAUAGAGACUUGGAUGAUUUCAUCAUA